AUGGCAUCGUCCAGUGUUUCAAGUAAAGAUUCAACCAGUUACUGUGUACCUCAUAUUCUCUUUUUCAAUGUUGGCCCUGACAGACUUAAAUGUUAUGUUUCCAUAGUUACAGGCCCCCUGAAUGAGAGGCAGAUUGCAUAUGUGUGUAGGGAAACACUACAGGUAAGAAUGAAAUGAUAUGCAGCUUUAUUAAUUGGAUAAAGCAUUUAACAAUUUUCUAUUGUGAAACUUGCCAUUUGGAUGUAACAUUACUUACAUCGUAAAUUCAUAAACCUCGUGCUUGACUGUUGCGCUGAGAUACCACUGUCAUUGGGUUUUCUGUGUUUGCAGGGACUGCAUCACUUACAUGAGACUGGAAAAAUGCACAGAGACAUAAAGGUAAUGUAUAGAAUCCUGUUGAAUACAAAACAUUUAAACAAUUUGCUCUACAACUCAUUUGAAUUGAAUCAUUUGGUCUGGCGCUUUGGAACUACUUCAUACUUACAGAAAUGUAUUUUUGCAAAUAUGCAAGUGUAAAUGUAUGUGUGUAUUUGGAGCUUGCGACUGUCCCAAAGGGAGAGCGUGAGACGGUGCACUCAUUGUGUCACUGUGGGUUCUUAACAGGGAGCCAACGUUCUUCUGACAGAGCGAGGAGAUGUUAAACUGGGUCAGUGACUGUCCUCCAUCCUCACACUGUCACUCACUCUCACAUAUCCUCUCUCCCUCUCCCGCGUACACACUUAGUCCUUAAGUAAAUAUUUUUAUUUUAAAGAUUUACUAAAAUAAUUGUCUCCACCUCUCUCACACCAUUGUUUCCCUCCAGCGGAUUUUGGCGUUGCAGCUGAGAUCAAUGCCUCCGUUGCCAAGAGAAAGUCCUUCAUAGGCACGCCUUACUGGUGAGUGAUCUAAGUCCAUCCAUGGCACCAAAACAUGGCCCAUUGUCAUGGUUUACCAUAGUUAUCCACGGGCAGCUUUGCUCUUCUAGGAUGGCACCUGAGGUGGCAGCAGUGGAGAAGAAAGGCGGGUACAACCAGCUAUGUGACAUCUGGGCAGUGGGCAUCACCGCUAUCGAGCUGGCAGAGCUUCAGCCUCCCAUGUUUGACAUGCACCCCAUGAGGUGAGGGCACAGUUGCUGGGAUUUCACCUCUCAUUAUUAUAAUUACACAGAUUCUGUAAUAACAAUGUUUAAGUUAAAUCUAGUUAUUGUAUCCAGUCAUAUUAACAGAUCAGAUUUGGAUAAUGAUCACUGCAUCAUGAGAUUUCGAUUUUUCCCCCCCAGGGCCUUGAUGGUGAUGUCAAAGGGAAGCUUCCAGCCUCCCAAACUGAAGGACAAGACCAAAUGGUAGAAGUUAGUUUACAAUUAAAAAGUAAUAUGAGCUACAGAACUAAUAAUGUACACUACCGGUCAAAAGUUUUAGAACCCCUACUCAUUCAAGGGUUUUUCUUUAUUUUUACUAUUUUCUACAUUGUAGAAUAAUAGUGAAGACAUCAAAACUAUUAAAUAACACAUAUGGAAUCAUGUAGUAACCAAAAAAGUGCUAAACAAAUCAAAAUAUAUUUUAUAUUUGAGAUUCUUCAAAUAGCCACCCUUUGCCUUGAUGACAGCUUUGCGCAUUCAUGAUAUUCUCUCAACCAGCUUCAUGAGGUUGUCACCUGGAAUCCAUUUCAAUGAACAGGUGUGCCUUGUUAAAAGUUAAUUUGUGGAAUUUCUUUCCUUCUUAAUGCGUUUGAGCCAAUCAGUUGUGUUGUGACAAGGUAGAGGGGGUAUACAGAAGAUAGCCCUAUUUGGUAAAAGACCAAGUCAAUAUUAUGGCAAGAACAGCUCAAAUACAGUGCCUUGCAAAAGUAUUCAUCCCCCUUGGCGUUUUUCCUAUUUUGUUGCAUUACAACCUGUAAUUUAAAUUGUUUUUUAUUUGGAUUUCAUGUAAUGGACAUAUACAAAAUAGUCCAAAUUGGUGAGGUGGAAUGAAAUAAAUAACUACUUUUAAAAAAUUCUAGAAAAUGAAUAUGGGAAAGUGGUGGGUGCAUAUGUAUUCACCCCCUUUGCUAUGAAGCCCCUAAAUAAUAUCUGGUGCAACCAAUUACCUUCAGAAGUCACAUAAUUAGUUAAAUAAAGUCCACCUGUUUGCAAUCUAAGUGUCACAUGAUCUGUCACAUGAUCUCAAUAUAGAUACACCUGUUCUGAAAGGCCCCAGAGUCUGCAACACCACUAAGAAAGGGGCACUACCAAGCAAGCGGCACCAUGAAGACCAAGGAGCUCUCCAAGCAGGUCAGGGACAAAGUUGUGGAGAAGUACAGAUCAAAAAAAUAUCAGAAACUUUGAACAUCCCACAGAGCACCAUUAAAUCCAUUAUUAAAAAAUGGAAAGAAUAUGGCACCACAACAAACCUGCGAAGAGAGGGCCGCCCACCAAAACUCAUGAAUCAGGCAAGUAGGGAAUUAAUCAGAGAGGCAACAAAGAGACCAAAGAUAACCCUGAAGGUGCUGCAAAGCUCCAUAGCGGAGAUUGGAGUAUCUGUCCAUAGGACCACUUUAAGCCGUACACUCCACAGAGCUGGGCUUUACGGAAGAGUGGCCAGAAAAAAGCCAUUGCUUGAAGAAAGAAAUAAGCAAACACGUUUGGUGUUCGCCAAAAGGCAUGUGGGAGACUCCCCAAACAUAUGGAAGAAGGUACUCUGGUCAGAUGAGACUAAAAUUGAGCUUUUUGGCCAUCAAGGAAAAUGCUAUGUCUGGCGCAAACCCAACACCUCUCAUCACCCCGAGAACACCAUCCCCACAGUGAAGCAUGGUGAUGGCAGCAUCAUGCUGUGGGGAUGUUUUUCAUCGGCAGGGACUGGGAAACUGGUCAGAAUUUAAAGAAUGAUGGAUGGCGCUAAAUAAAGGGGAAUUCUUGAGGGAAACCUGUUUCAGUCUUCCAGAGAUUUGAGACUGGGAUGGAGGUUCACCUUCCAGCAGGACAAUGACCCUAAGCAUACUGCUAAAGCAACACUUGAGUGGUUUAAGGGGAAACAUUUAAAUGUCUUGGAAUGGAAUGUUGUGUAAAUCAAAUGAUACAAACACCCCAAAAAUCCAUUUUAAUUCCAGGUUGUAAGGCAACAAAAUAGGAAAAAUGCCAAGGGGGGUGAAUAUUUUCGCAAGCCACUGUACCGGAUAUGUCUGAGUACCAUUUAAUGUGUAUAUCAAACUGUAUUUCUGACAUGUAAUACUGUGUAUAAAAGUACCAUGUAUGUAAAAUGUAUGAAUAAUGUAUAUGUAACAAAAUAGUAAAAUGUUGACGGGCCAAUAAAUUAAUAAUAAUAAACAAAUAAAUACAAAAUAAUAAUGUAUAUGUUGCUGUGAGUGUCUAGGAGCCCAUGAGCCCCUGUGGUAAUAACCAGUGGUCUCUCUCCUGUUUAGGUCUGCUGACUUUCACAGCUUUGUGAAAAUAUCCCUCACCAAGAACCCUCGCAAACGGCCCACUGCGGAGAAGUUGUUACAGGUACAAAAGUUCCAUCCUUUUGAGGAGAACAAGCAGAUGGCAUCAAAGUUGAUGAAAACCUGUUGAAUUUAUGUCCCUAGUGCAGAAACUAUAUGUAGUUUCUGAACGUAGUCCUUUAGGUGACCGACACUCCCCACAUUACCUGUUUUCUUCUCAGCACCCCUUUGUGAGUCAGCUGCUGACCAGGACCCUGGCCAUAGAACUGCUGGACAUGGCCAGCAACCCUGUUCUACAAACCUCACACACUAUGGAUGAGAGUGAUCUUGAGGUGAGCUCUCCUCCCCUCUCCUCUGCUCUCCUCUCCUGUCCUAAAAUGUAUGCUUGGGCACAACACUGUACUAUGUGGAUUACUACUACUAAGAUAAAUAUGUCACUAAUGAUCUGUAUGCUACUGUGUAUGUGUGGGUUUGCAGACAUGCAGUGCAUUCCCUGAUAAGAUCCAGUCCUUAGGGAAACACCUGUCGGUCCAGAGGACUCAGUCUGAGGAGCAGUGUGAGUAACUCUCAGAUCCUAGCAUCCACAGCUCCUCAAGGUCUCUUGAGUUACUGAUGAGCCAUUGUUAUGGCCGUAGUAGCAUUACCGCAUGCAGUGGCAAGCAGCCAAAGUCAGGAGGACACAAGGGGAUAGUCACUGGCACCAAGAUUGAGCAUCCACUCAAAUAAAAUGAAAGAGAGUAGUGUGAGAACAAGUGUGUGGUGUUGGUUUACUGGUAUCUCAUAUAAUUUUCAUAACAGAAAAUGAUGAUGAUAAUCAGGAUGAUUUUCUAGUACAGUGUUCAAUAUUUUAAAGGUGUUAUUCUGGAUCAUAUGUAUAUGUGGGGAUUAUGUGACUGUGUUUUCCAGUUGCUCUGCUAAAAUUUGGCCCUCCCAUGAGGAAGGAGACUGAGCCCUCUCCUGACCUGGUAAAUAGCCUAUCAUCUGUGUCUAACCUCUAUGUUAUACAAACGUCAUGUUCAACAUGGAAAAACAAUCCAUUUAUUUGUCAAAUUGUCAGUACAUAAACAUAUUUUCCCCAACAGGGAUCAUAUGAUGAAUGGAGCAUUACAGGAGAUGAAAAUAACUCCUCGUAAGCUACUGUUUAUUUUACUUCCCAUGUCAAAUCACCCGUAAUAAAUUACUAACGAAGGCAGUAAUAACUUCAUCUACUCUACAUUUGAGGUGCAGGAGUCUACUGGAGUGUGUUGAGGAAGCGUUGCUUGAAAGGUGAGGCUAUAAAACUGUCUAUAUACAUCUCUUUAUAGCACUUACCUACCUCACCAAUAACACACCAAAGGCAAAAGGGAACAAAAUCUAAUUCCCAUUACAAACAAACAUACCAAGUAAGCUGAAUGCAAAGGAAUUUAAAAUAUUUCUGCACAUCUGGAAUUUAAAACAAUACUGCACAUCCAGACCACUAGAUAUGUUAAUUCCCAUAACAUAGUAUAUUUCUGUCUGUUUGAUAUCCAUUGCAGGAGGUUAACCAUAAAGAGAGCGCCCUCUGCUGAGGUGAGAGAGAACUACAGACGUUAUUAUCUUAACCUAUCAGGCACUCAACACUGUUUCUGUGGAACCGCACCAGCAUCUGUGUUCAUCUGUUGCAGCACUCUCCUGAAGAUGAGGAUAUGGAUAAAUCUGGCACGGUGAAGAGGAGUGGGGUCCUCAGUCCUGCCACAAGGCAUACCAUCUCCCCAUCCACUGACUCUACUAGCACCAUAGAAUCUACUGUCAACUGUGACUCCACCCGUCCCAAUGUCACACCUCCAUUCACAGACUCCACCCUGGCUGACCCAUCUCUCUUCAACUCUACCAUCUUUGCUGAAACCAUCUUCUCUGACUUCACACUUUCCUCCAACUGCUCCUCUCCCUCUGAAGGUACAGCAUCCACUCACACACAACACAUCCUGUACACACAGAAACACUAACUAAAACAAUCUAUGAAGUCAUUGUGGAAAAGUAGUGACAUCAACUAUUAAUUAUGUAAAUCUGCAUGAUCAAUUUAGAAAAGUCUCAAAUCCAUAAAUGACGUAAAUGUAUAUGUAAAUGUGAUGGGUCUGUGUGUUCCUGCAGAGGGCAGUGAGCCAGAGAGACAGAGGGUGGGAAAGACACCCUCCAAGGCCCAGCAGCCACCACUGGCUCCAGAAUGGAGCACACUCAGGAGGAAAACUGAGGACGUGGUGGGUCACCAUCAGACAAGUUACUGACACACCUAUUAAAUGCAUCUCUUGUGCACACACGACGACAGAUAAUUCUGUGGAUUUUUUUCUUCUUCAGAGAGGUGAUUGCCAUGGACUUCCACCCACACCCAAAGUCCAUGUAAGUGAAGAUGCCUGGAUAUAUAGCCACCAAUAUGAAAAUAAUGCAUUGAAAUUAUACAUAUUGAACCACACAAUAUUUUCUAGAUGGGGGCCUGUUUUUCCAAGGUGUUUAAUGGCUGUCCAUUAAAGAUCCACUGCGCUGUCACAUGGGUCCUGCCAAAGACCAAAGGUAAGCACAGGUUACAAAGGAUAAUAAUCAGUAAAUAGAGCUUCUGUCAAACCAGUCAGAUCUCAGGGAGAAUAUCUGACUAUCCUCCCUCAGAUCAACACCUCAUCCUGGGGACAGAGGAGGGCAUCUACACCCUGAACCUCAACGAGCUCCAUGAGGACACCAUGGAGAAGGUACCACCAAUUAUACAAUAAGAUCAAAUAAAUGUAGAAAAACAAAAAAAUUGUUUUUAAAAAGCUUUUCUGUGUUUUUCAGUUAUUACCCCAGAGGUGCAGCUGGCUGUAUGUCAUGAACAAUGUGCUAAUGUCUAUCUCAGGUAGGGCCCUCAGUGUCCCUCACAACACCAACAAUUACAACACACCUUAUCAGUAUGUUCUAUCUAGAUGUGUGUUGACUGUCUUUGUGCUCCGUAGGGAAAUCAUCCCAGCUGUGCUCCCGGAGGCUGACCACCCUGUUUGAUCAACACCUCCCGAAGAGGCAGGGCCACCUGUCCAUCAACACCCACCGCCUCACUCAGAGGAUCAACUCAAGGUAGGGACACCCCACUCCUGGGCAGAGAGAGGCCGUAGUGAAAAUACCCAAGCAAUGUUGCUUUUCACUGAUAUUAGCGUGAGAGGAAAUUGUACAGAAAUCAUCCUGGAAAUUGUACAGGAAAAAAAAGAUGUCAUGUUAAUGUGUUCUCUUUGUAGAAAGUUUUCUGAGUCUGGAAAGAUACCAGACACCAAAGGCUGUCGACGCUGCAGCGUUGGUAAGGAACAUGUUAUUUUAGUCUAAAAUGGAGAUGUACUGUACAGUAUUUAUGUCUAAGAUGACAUAUCUCUCUCUCUUCUGCCUUAUCUAUUCUUCUCAGUGCGUAACCCGUACACUGACAGCACAUUUUUGUGUGCUGUGGUACCAACUGGCCUUGUCCUGCUGCUGUGGUACGAGCCCCUUCAGAAGUUCAUGCAACUCAAGGUGUGUGUUCCCAAUGCAUCUCUAUACAAUGUUAGCGUUGUGUUUUUUAAAUAGAAAAGCAUCACAAAGCAUUCUUGUCCGUUCCGCUUUCUCCUCUCCCUCUCAGCAUAUCGCUGUGAGUCUCCCAGAAACCCUCCCCAUCUUUGAACUGCUGGUCCUGGAGACAGAGGAGCUGCCACAGGUGUGUGUGGGUGUGAGUAGGCUACAGGCCCCUGUCAAGACCUGUGAGCAGGUCCACUUUGACAUCAUCCACCUGAAUGACACACCCAGAGGCCAGACAGGUACCUCCAUCAAUAUUUUGAUAUUUUAUCUAGUUUAAUCUAGACCAGUAGUCACCAACCUUUUCUGAGUCAAGAUCACUUUCACAGUCAAAAAGCAAGCCGAGAUCUACCGCUCAGAAUUUGUUUUAAACAUGACAUAAAAAAUAUAACAUUAACCUAAUAGAAACAGUUAUGAGGCGGAUAGUACCAGUUUCAGAGUUUAUUACAGUACAAGGGGCAGGCAAUGAGUAGGUCAAGGCAGGCAAAGAGUUGUAAUCCAAAUCAGAGUCAGGCAGGUACAGGACAGCAGGCAGGAUCAGGGUCAGUAUAGGCAGAAAGGUCAGAACUGGGAAGACUAGAAAAAGCAAAGACUAGAGCACAGGAAACACCGGAACACGCUGGUAGGACUUAACGGGACAAGACGAACUGGCAACAGAAAAACAGGAGACAAAAGGCUGUGAGACAGGGGUUUAAUUCUAGACACAUGGAAUGUGGGAUGUAUACGGAGGGUGUGGGGCAACAGAAGGCAAACAGCAGAGGGGCUAAGGACCUUAGAGAUGGGGAAAGGGACGAUAAAACGUGGGGAAAGUUUGCGGGACUCCACCGGCGGGGCAGAUCCCAAAUGGAAAGCCAUACCCUCUGCCCAAGACGGUAGCGGGGAGCAGGGGUCCGGUGGCGGUCCGCCUGUCGUCGAUACCUGGAGGUGGUCUUGAGAAAAGCGGCCCGGGCUCUCUUCUAGGUACGGCGACAGCGAUGUACGAACAUCUGGGCAGAAGGUAUGCUGACAUCUUCCUCUUGCUCCGGGAAGAGCAGGGGCUGAUAUCCCAGGGAACACUCAAAAGCCGAGAGACCAGUAGCAGAACAGGGAAGGGUGUUGCGGGCAUAUUCCACAAACACAAGUUGCUGGCUCCAGGUGGUGGGAUUGGUGGAGACGAUGCAACGAAGAGUCAUCUCCUGGUCCUGAUUGGCUCGUUCCGACUGGCCGUUAGACUAGGGAUGAAAACCAGAGGACAGGCUGGCCGACGACCCAAUGAGGGUGCAGAAUGCCUUCCAGAACGGGGAUGAGAACUGUGGACCGUGAUCGGAGACCAUGUCGACCGGAAGUCCAUGGAUCCGGAAGACAUACUGCAACUUGAGCUGGGCCGUCUCCUUAGCUGAGGGCAACUUAGGAAGGGGGAUAAAAUGGGUGGCUUUGGAAAACCUAUCCACCACCGUAAGGAUGGUGGUGUUGCCCUCUGAUAGAGGGAGACCCUUGACGAAGUCCAAGGAUAAAUGGGACCAGGGGCUGGAACACUGUGGGAGCGUUGGUCAGACCGAACAGCAUCACCAGGUACUCGUAGUGCCCGCUAGCCGUGUUGAAGGCUGUCUUCCACUCGUCUCCUUCCCGUAUCCAAACCAGAUGGUAGGCGUUCUGAAGGUCCAACUUGGUGAAGAUGACCGCCCCCUGGAGAGGCUUGAAAGCCGAGGUGAUGAGUGGUAGUAGGUAACGUUUUUUAACCGUAAUGUCAUUAAGACCCUGGUAGUCAAUACACGGAUGCAGGGUAUUGUCAUUCUUCUCCACAAAGAAGAACUCUGCGCCAGUGGGGGAGGCAGAUGGACGCAUAAUCCCUGCAGCACUUUGGUCUCCAGAUCCGAAAAGGAAUAAAGUCACCCCUGAGGCGGUGCGGUGACCGGGAGAAGGUUGAUUGCACAGUCGUAGGGCCGAUGAGGGGGAAGAGAUGUGGUGCGGGCCUUGCUGAAAGCCUCCCAGAGGUCCUGGUACUCUGCGGGAACGGUGGAGAGGUCAGAGGCUCCUUCCGAGCACACAGGAAGGCGUCCCAGGACAGGCUGUGCCGACUUCAGGCUAUGGGCAUGGCAAAGUGGACUCCAACCCAUGAUGGAACCCGUAGCCCAGUCGAUUAGGGGGUUGUGCCUCUGGAGCCAUGAAAACCCCAAAACCAUGGGUACAUGAGGAGACUCCAAGAGCAGAAACUGCAUCACCUCAAUGUGGUUGCCUGACACUCGCAGGUUGAUAGGAACCGUAUUGUGAGUGACUCUGCCAUAGAGCGCCCAUCCAGCGCUCUGACGUCCAUCAGGAUGGAAAGGGGUUGAGUGGAGAUACCCAGCUCCAACACCAGGGUAGUGUCCAUAAAGCUCUCGUCGGCCCCAGAGUCAAUGAGCACCCGGAUGGAUUUGGACUGGUCUCCCCACAACAGGGUAGCAUAGAGGGGGUUACGAGUAGAGGGAGAUUGGACACUCCCCUUACGGCUCACCAGUGUACUCAUACCUACUGAUGAGCCUGGUCUUUUAAUGGGCAGGUAGAUAAGAAAUGUCACGUAGCUCCACAAUACAGACAGCUCUUAGCGUUCAGUCUGCAUAAGCGCUCAGCAGGAGACAAUCUAGCCCUGCCCAGUUGCAUGGGCUCCGGAGGAGGCGAGUCGGCAGCCCUCGGUGAUGUCAGAGGGAACUCGGGUGACACCGGACUCUCUUGGAAAUGUAGACUUCGGGGAUUUCCGGGAUUCCUCAGAGGCGAAGUGGAAUUUGAGGACGAGCGAGGGCGACAGGGAUCAGACCCCCUCUCCUUCCCACGUUCCCGUAGCCGCCCAUCGAUCCAGAUGGUCAAGGCUAUGAGGGAGUCGAGGUCCAUGGGCAGCUCCCGGGCUGCGAGCUCGUCUUUAAUUACCUUUGAUAAUCCGUGAAGGAACGUGUCGAACAGGGCUUCUGGGUUCCAGGCACUCUCAGCCGCUAACGUGCGGAAAUCCACUGCAUAGUCUGCCACACUAAGGGAGUCUUGACAUAGUUGGAGCAGCUUACGAGCAGCCUCUCCCCCAGACAAUGGAGAAUCGAACACUUUUCGUACAUCCGCCACAAACUCCUCCAGACUGAGGCAAACGGUGGACUGUUGCUCCCACACUGCCAUAGCCCAGGCAGGGCCCUCCCGGACAUCAGCAUUAUCAAGUACUCUAUCUUCACGCGGUCCAAGGGGAAUGAAGAAGGCUGCAGCUCAAAGAUGAGGGAGAGGCUGGGGGGUUACUGUUGUGGCUUGCUGCCUAGUUGGGAAUCUUGAACGCAUGGUCAUGGCAUUCUGCCAGGGUAUGGAGUCCCUCCAUAAGGCUUUGUAGUAACCACUCGUGUCUUCCAAUGGUGGCUCCUUGGGAGGAGACAGCGUUGCAAAGCUGGUCCGAGUCUGCUGGGUCAGUCAUGGCCAGUUCGUACUAUCGUGGCUCAGGCUAAGACCCAGAUGCAGACACAGGAGGCAGUACGAGUACGAGUCUCAGAGUUUAUUACAGUACAAGGGGCAGGCAAUCGAUAGGUCAAGGCAGGCAAAGAGUCGUAAUCCAAAUCAGAGUCAGGCAGGUACAGGAGAGCAGGCAGGAUCAGGGCCAGGACAGGCAGAAAGGUCAGAACUGUGAAGACUAGAAAAAGCAAAGACUAGAGCACGGGAACACACUGGUAGGACUUGACGGGACAAGACGAACUGGCAACAGACAAACAGAAAACGCAGGUAUAAAUACACAUGAGGUAAUGGGAGACACCUGGUGGGUGUUGAAGACAAUCACAAGACAGGUGAAACAGAUCAGGGUGUGACAGUUUCGUUCCGUUUGCUUCCGUUUAAGAAACGUUUAUCAACAGAAUCGGCUGUAUUUUAUUAGGAUCCCCAUUAGCUGUUGCAAAAGCAGCAGCUACUCUUCCUGGGGUCCACACAAAUCAUGACAUAAUACAGAACAUUAAUAGACAAGAACAGCUCAAGGACAGAAUACAACUCUGAUCACACGCAAACACAGUUCACUUUCAUAGCAGCCACAUGAAAACAGCGUGAUCACUUUGCUCGUUAUAUAUAAUUCCUUCUCGCUACCAUCUAUGCCUUCUGCUCCUCUCACCUUGUUCCUUUGCUUGUGGACUUCAGUGCUGGAUAGUGUUGGAUAGCCAUAGCCAGCUAGCUAACAUACCGUCCCUCUCUGUUUGAGCCGGGUGUUUGAGUAGGCUAAACUAGCUAGCUGCAUUCUCUAGCUAAGUGAAAGGGAACGUUUUUAAAAAAUACAACCAACUAUAGCUAGCUCUCUCUCUCUCUCUCUCGCUUCUCCUUAAUUUUGGAAGAAAUUAAUUUGUUCAAAACUGUUCAACUAUUGUCUUUCUCUCUCUUUGAGUCAACUACUCACCACAUUGAAUGCACUGCAGUGCUAGCUAGCCGUAGCUUAUGCUUUCAGUACUAGAUUCAUUCUCUGAUAUUUUGAUUGGUGCUACCCUACAGACUGCUGCUGAGGCUACUGUAGACCUUCAUUGCAAAACAGUGUUUUAAUCAAUUAUUAGGUGAAUAUAUUUAGUAUAGUUUUAUCUAAAAAGGAUAACUCCAAUGGUAGGAAUGAAGUUUGUGCAGUAGGCCUAAUACAUUAUCACAGCAUAUUGGCUAUAUGCCUGGCCUGCCAAUAUUGUUCUUCUCAGACCAUAUUAUAUUUAAAAAAACUUUAGCUUUGAUAACAAAAUAGAUCAGUUGUUAUAAAUAAUUUGGAAAUAAUUAACUUUUUUAUUUUACUGAUGGUACCUGCAUCUGAUGGUCAUGGUGAUUUCAAGACAAUUGGGAACUCGGGAAAAAAACGAGGUCAAAUCAUGACGUCGGUCAUCUUCAGGUCAGACUUGAAAUUCUGAGUUGGAUGACUGUUUAAAGAAAAAUGUCCCAGUCGGAUCCCAGUUGUCUUGAACGCUCGGAAGUUAUAGAUUCCGAGUUCCCAGUUGUUUUGAACACCGCAUUAGACUCUCUCCUUCCUUUCCUCCGGUGAAACUGACCAGAGAGAGGGGAUACGUUUUGCUGUGGUCAUAGAAGCUGUAGGCAUGGUGAUUUGAGCUAUCCAUAUUUGGCCAGCGCAGUAGGCACACUCGAUUUGAUCGACUAGGAAUGCCUUGACGAUCGACCAGUCGAUCGCGAUCAACGGUUGGUGACCACUGAUCUAGAACAGACGAGCAGUGUGCAAGCUGUGAUGUUAUUGUUUAUGUAACGUUUUCACAGGUAGUCAAUCUCUGAAGGUGAUGCACGUAACUCAGCUGGACAGAGACACAGUCCUGAUCGCUCUGGAGAGUGAGUUCCUUCUUUCUUUCAAUACUUUGCUUUCAGUAUAAUUUCAUCAGGAACAUUGAAUGUGCUAGUGUUCUAUUCAGAGUGGUAAAGACCCUUGAAUGAAGAAAAAAUGCAAGAUUGAAUUGUGACCAUUUCCCCAUUGUACCUUUGCAGACACUGUGAAAAUUGUGAACCUGGAUGGCAAUCCAAGCAAAGGGAUGACCUCAAAGUUGACUUUUGACUUUUCCAUUGAGACUCUUGGUAAGGGAAUGGAUGAGUGCUGCAUUCUAAUCAUUUAGCUUUGUGUCUUUGGAUUGGAGGCGACUAAAUUGUUCUUUGCAGUAUGUUUGCAGGACAGUGUUCUGGCCUUCUGGAAGCAUGGGCUUAAAGGUAGAAGCUUGCAUAGUGAUGAGGUAAUGCAGAAAAAACACCAGUCCAGCUUUUCUGUAUUGUCAGACUGUAUUGUCAACUCUCAUAUUGACAAUAAAAUAACAUUGUGACGUUUGUGACAUUUUUCAUAGGUUACACAAGAGAUCACGGAUGAAAGUCGAAUAUUCAGAGUCUUGGGAACCUCAAGGCAUGUCUCUUAAUUAUGGGAGUUUGAUAGCAAUUCGAUAGCAAAACAUUUGUCAAAUUACUGAAGCAAAAUAAAAAAUGUACAUUAACAUAUGCUUUUAUUCCUCAGGGACAUUAUCUUGCAGAGUACUCUCACGGACAAUCCAUCUGCCUUAAGCAACUUGUACAUCCUGACAGGGCAUGAGAGUAGCUACUGAGGAAAUCAGAGAAUGGAGGACAUUCUGUCUCGAGGAAGUACACAUUAGUCUCCUACUACUCCUAAAAGGACGAGCACAAAGUGAAUAAGGAUGGAACAAGGAGCAAGGCCGCCUACUAUGGCGAGUGGUUGGCCAAAGAGACACAGCUGGGACUGUCUGAGCUUUGAUUGGAGUGGGCUUUCCUCAAGGCUUCUUCACAUCCAACUGCCAAAUAGACCUGUGAAUAUCAGUGGUUCAAAACAAUACUAGUGGCCUAGGCUACAUAAAGAUCUUGGCAUUGCAGUCAAGGAUUUAAAACCCCACUUGUGUGAAUUCUUCAGACUGGCUGUGACUGGGUAAAAACGUUGAACUGUAGCCCAAGACUGCUGUGUCAGUACUGAAGACAAGUCAAGUACAGGACCCAGUUUCCAUGGAU